GUCCUCCCCAACUUGGGUUCUGUCUUUUUUUUUUUCUCACGCGAAAAGCUCAUAUUUUAUAAAAUCGCCCGCGAUUCGAUCUCGACAGUUUCUGGUUUUGUUUCCCGCAAUUCGAUUCGAGAAUCUAGGGUUUGUUGCUCAGUCUUCUUCUGCUUCGUGACGCGUUUGGUUUGAUUCACGGAUCUUUGGGGACGAUUUUUGUUCUAGGGUUUCUAUAAAUGUUCCCCUUUUCGGUAUAAAGGUUGAUUCUUUCGUGGAGAGCUUGAACCUGAGGUUGAUUGAGGUUUCAAAUUUUCUGUCUUGGUUUGAUUUGAAGUCAAUUCCCGUGGAGGAGGGCUUGUGACUGAUUCAGCUAUUAGAAGCUGCUAAUGGUCUCUUGCAAAUUGUGAAUUUUAGAAGCGAGGAAGGGUUAUUUACAUUUGUUGAAGUUCUUUCUUGCCAAAGCAAUGGUUGAAAGUGCUGCGUUCCCAGGAGGGUAUUAUCGGAAUACUUUCGAUGCGCCUGAUGAAUCAGAGGGCUCUGGAAGCUCUGCUCAGAUUGAUACCGAGGUCACUGCAUCUGAGAACUCAACCACUCCUGCACGAAAGUGUGUUAAGUUGAAUUCUGAUGAUGAAGAUCCUUACGGUGUCCAGAGACAGGUCAUUUCUUUGUAUAACAUGUCACAAUCCGAGAGGAAAGAUCUGAUUCGUCGUCUCAAACUGGAACUAGAGCAGACAAAGAUAGUUCUUAAGAACGCUGAGUUGCAGAGGUUGAACACACCCUCUGUGUCGUCUACUAGCGCAAGGGCGGGUUUCAACUCUGCUCAAAAGCUAUCAUCUUCGAAGAGGCCAUCUGAUUUUGCAAUGGGACCGGGAAAGAAUGUGACGGCUUCUCGUGGAUGGAACCGUGGCUCCUCGGGGAAGUUUGCUUCGUCUUCCUCGAAAGAGUCUACUCCUAGCGUUACUAACGUGACACUGAUGAAGCAAUGUGACACGCUGCUGAAAAAGCUCUGGUCUCAUCCGCAUUCUUGGGUUUUUCAGGCGCCAGUUGAUGUGGUGAAGCUUAACAUACCUGACUAUCUCACUAUCAUCAAGCGUCCCAUGGACUUAGGGACGAUAAAAAAGAACUUAGCCUCUGGUGUGUACUCAAGCCCACAUGAGUUUGCUGCUGAUGUGAGGCUUACAUUUGCAAACGCGAUGACGUAUAACCCUCCGGGACAUGAUGUUCACAUUAUGGGUGAUAUACUAAGUAAACUGUUUGAAGCGCGUUGGAAAGCAAUUGAAAAGAAAUUACCAGUGCAAACGUUGCCUGCAGUCACAUUGGAACCUCGUGAGGAGAAGAGAACUGCUGUAAGUGUUCCUCCGGCGAAGAAGAGAAAGAUGGUUUCACCUGUUAGAGAGAGUGUCCCUGAACCAGUGAAGCCGAUUAUGACAGCAGAGGAGAGGCAUAGAUUGGGGAGACAACUCGAGUCAUUGCUGGAGGAGCUUCCUGGACAGAUCAUUGACUUCUUGAAGAAACACAGUUCAAAUGGAGGAGAAGUUGCGGAAGAUGAGAUCGAGAUAGACAUUGAUGUUCUUAGUGAUGAAGUGCUGUUCGGUCUUAAAAAGCUUCUGGAUGAUUAUAUCCAAGAUAAAGAAGCGAUGCAGCCGAAUGUUGAACCAUGUGAAAUAGAGCUUCCCAAUGGAUCAGGACCGAGCAAUUCGGUGCUGCAACGAGGGAAUGAGAUGGCUGAUGAGUAUGUCGGUGGAAACGAACCUCCUAUCUCAAGGAGCUCCAGUGAUUCUGAGUCUGGGAGCUCUGAAGAUCAAUCUGAUGACGCUAAACCCAUGAUCCAAGAGGGUGCUUCCAAGAUACCUGAAUCUACAAAUUCUGAGGCUCAAAGAGAUGAAGAUACGAGGAUUGAUGAUGGAAGUGAAACUAAUGGUGCUCCGGAGCAAAUGGAUUUUUCAUCUCAGCAAAAGCCUAGUUCUGAUGAAACAGAUGGUCAGCCUGAUGGAAAUACAUUGGAGAAUCCGGCUUCAUCUGAGAAGAAAUAUAGAGCUGCUCUGUUGAAGAACAAGUUUGCAGAUAUCAUUCUAAAAGCACGCGAGAAAACACUACCACAUAAUAGUAAUAAGGGUGACCCGGAAAAGCUUCGCAAGGAAAGAGAAGAACUCGAAUUGCAGAAGAAGAAAGAGAGAGCACGGCUACAAGCUGAGGCAGAGGCAGCUGAAGAUGCUCGUCGCCAAGCUGAAGCAGAGGCCGCUGCAGAAGCUGCUGCUGAGUCUAAGCGGCAGAGAGAAGUUGAAAGAGAAGCCGCUCGCCAAGCUUUAUUGAAGAUGGAGAAAACUGUAGAGAUCAAUGAGAACUCGCGGUUCCUCGAGGACCUAGAGAUGCUGAGAUCAAGUGCGCCUGAGCAAUUACUUAGCUCAGUAGAUGAAAUCAGCCCAGAGAGAACUUUAGACGCCCUUGGAAGUUUCAACCUGGGAGGCAUGAACCCUCUUGAGCAACUCGGACUGUACAUGAAGCAAGAUGAUGAUGAAGAUGAGCCCGAGGCUCCAACUGUUCCAAAGCUAGCCACAGACGUGGAAGAAGGAGAAAUCGAUUGAAAAAAGUUAAGUGUAAACCUGUAUGAAACAGUAGACAGGGCUGUUACACGUACACAUGCACACAAGAGAAAAGGUCCAUUCUAUGGUCAUUGACAUUGUAUUAUGAGCUAUUGAAUGCUCCUCUCUUAAAGACAAGUGUGGUGUGUGAAUUUGUAAAAACACGAAGCAAGCGAUUAAAACUUCAUAGAGGAGUACUUAGUGUAUGAUAUUAAAAAGGAAAAAAAGAAAAGAAAAGCAAGACCAUUGUUUCUGUAAGAAUCUUAUGUUGUUUCAUUUUUUAUAGUCUUCUAGAUGACU